AUGGAAAGCGCUUUUACGAGUCCCAGUCCGGAAUCAUGUCCUCCACGUCGCAGCCGUCUAGAAGCCAAGGAUGAAAUGGAUAUUGACGACCCCGUUUCCAAGGCCGACAAGAAUCUUGACAGUGACGAUGCUGACAAAGACACCGCUGAGCAUCAUGCUAUUUCACACACUGAGGAGCUGCGAGUGGAAGAUUCAUUGAAAAUGGAAGAACAUGGGUUUAACGGUGCGACACCGAGUUACAGACUGAAACUAGAUUCGCGCAUAAACGUCUGCAGGUAUAGUAUGGACAGUACACCAAAUCCUGGGCCACAAUGCAUUAGGACUUCGAGUUCAGCAAAGUCCUCCCAUCCGAAGCUUAGACUUCAGGCAAAGUCUCUGAAAGCGAGUGUUCCGGACUUACAGCCAGCCUGGCUUCAAUACGCAGCCAGGCGUAUAAUGCAGAAUGAAACAUUGGAGGAGCUCUUGAACAAGCCUAGUGGCGUCCCUCCUGUUGCCCCAACACUCGAAGACAACAGUUGCUCGAAUUGGCAACCUUUCGAUAUGACCAUGUUUCAGGACACCUUAAGAGAAGCAAUCGACGAUGCAAGAAGUCUAUCGGGAAUCUUGGAGCCUUCAGCAAACAUCAUGUUGAGCAAGCAAAUGCUUUGGAAACGACCUGGCUUGUUGCUUCAAGAGUCAGGAGACUACAGUGAUUUUCGGAUGGACGUCGACAAUGAGUUGAAUCAGGAGACGCCAGUGGAGUUCCUGUCGCAGGUACCGCAGAAGAGGAUCGCUCUUGACUCAAUACAUGACGUCCGACCACCUAUGAAGAGACUCCUCUUGGACUUGGAAACCCGGCCUACUACGCCUCCACGUCGCCAUUUCAAGCCAAACAGGGGUCGUCUGAAAGAGCUGAUAGAAUCCCAAGUCGGUAUUCCGUCUUCAAGUGUCACUAUGGCAGCUCAGAACGAAGUCGAUACGCACGGAGCCAGUCGCUUUUCUGCGGCGAACUCAUUAAGGACGUUUCUCGAUCUUCGUGGCAACAAGUUCAAGAAAACGAGCUUCGUUGAAGAUUCGGAUAAGCAGCAGAUAUCCGAUGAUCCUAUACGAAGUACAUCAUCAGAAAGCUCGGACAGCAUCAAGAUAUCUUUACAAACCGAAAUUAGGGCUGUUCCAAGGGAGCAGGUUCCAGGGACUCUAAUGCUAGCAUCUCUGACCGAUAUGGCGAAUAUGUUCCUGAAGAAUGACAUGCUCACUUUCGAGAAAUUUGACCCGCCAAGGUCCAUCAUCGUCAACACAGGAAUGCUUCGUAAAGAUCGAUGCCUCAUAACCUCUCUCGAAACACAUGCAGAGGACUCUUUGUCAAUGAUCUAUCGAGAUAUGGACUCCCCUGAUGUCAUUUUAAAUCCUCGUGCGUGUCUUGUCUUUACUAACUUACAGGCGCUGAGCCAGAGGAGCCUGCCAGGUCAGCAGGGUUCAGCAAAGGAAGGGUUAGUGCAAAGCAUAGUCUCAAGAUUGGUGCGAGAUUUCGAAAUUACGUUUGUCUUCGUUGCGAUGCCAGAUACUGGUGGAUCUGUUUCCAGGAAUGUUCAAGAUGCGAUGAACAACUUCACUGGCUUUUGUAUGACUAAGAGCGACAGGGAUGCGAAUGUAUGUCCAAUCUGGGUCUUGACCAACACGGAAACGAACGACACAGGCGAUGACCUCCAGAGCUGGGUCUGGAGAUUAAUUCAUCAGCAUGCAUUCGUAACAGCUCAGCUGAACGACUUUGCCUUCAUCCACGAAGAAAGCAUUGGUGAGCUCUUCUUUCAGAGGCUUGGGCUUAACCCAAUGGCAGCUCAAGUGGCACUUCACGUAUUGGAGAGCCCAGAAACUACAUCUGCACAAGUCUCGAGGAGCUGGGGAUUGAGGGAACUCGCUAGACUGAGAACCGAAGGCCGGAUGGAUUUGUUGCGGGAAGUGUUGGGUCUUAAAACGGUACGCAAACUAACUUCAGUCUUGGAGACCACGCAAUAUCAUCUGAGCUGA